CAGUAUAGCGUUCUCCAUUCAGACUGUUUUAGUUCCCAGACCCUUAACGCCAACAGCGUUGUUUGUUUUUAUGUGUAAAGUUGUAGAUUUAAUUUUGGAAGGGCAAACAUUGUCUUAAUAUAGAGGUCAACAGACUUGAAAGAAAGAAAAUAUCACAAAGUAAACGAAGUCGAGGACCCAAAGCCCGAGUGGAAGACGAAGUCGUGAAAGCGAUUGUUGUGUUCAUAAACGAAAGUCGUGUGAAUAUGAUGAAUAUAUUGACGCAGUGUUGAAUGCUUUACUGUGUGUAUUGGAUGACAGCAGGUCCUAAAGGAAAUUUUGGCCUUCUGCUUACAAUGAGCAUGUUUCAGAGCGUUCAUUAGGAUUCUGUGCAAAAUGGUGGAUUGCAAAGACAACACAGCUCUAUGUGUCGAUUCCGAAGAACCGUACAUAGGAGAAGAAGAACGCAUACGUCACGAUGCUUUGUUUUUCAGUCAAAACCCGGAUGACAGUCUUCUCCUCUCUGGUGAGCGUGCCCGAUCUCUUUUCAUCAAAUCAAAAUUACCACUUCAAGAUUUGAGUAAAAUAUGGAAGCUUGCUGACGUCACACGAGACAACAUGCUGGAUGAAUGCGAAUUUGCAGUCGCUGUUCAUCUCAUUCAACGGAGAUUAUGUGGUUUCGAUAUUCCUGAGCUCAUACCUCUUGAAUGCCGCCCAGCGCCACGCCCCCUUUUGAUAAUAAAACAGGCAAGCGAUGAAGAGCUGGAUGCCUAUUCAGUUGUUUAUAAUUGGCUGUCACCUGAAGAGAAAGGCAUUUUAAAAAGUGAAACUGUUUUGAAAUUCUUGGGCUCGUCAGAUCUACCAGCAGAAGUUCUCUCGAAGAUCUGGGAUCUUUCCGAUAUUGAUCGGGAUGGAAAAAUAAACAAAGAUGAAUUCUUUAUUGCCCUGCACAUAACAAGAUUCUGCGUCAGUGGUAAAUCAAAGUUAACAGAAUCGAUCGAUGUAUUAUCAAUACUCCCGAAAAAGACUUCAGGAGAAUCUAUCCACGAUAAAAGAAGGAGGAGAACUGAAAUUCAGACAGAUAUGAGAAAGCUAACAUCUUUGAAGGAGAAGCUUCAAACCGAGUUAGCUAAUGCAGAAACAAACGAAAACGAGGCUGCAAAAGCAAAAAUUCAGGCAGAGUUGCAAAAAACAAGCAAAGAAUUGGAAAAUAUAGUCAAAAAGGAGAGCGGUCUGCGUAAGGAAAUCACUCAAAUGAAUUUACAGACGUCAGUCACAACGGACAUAGAGGUGAUGCGUCCUUUUGAUCGAAGCUUUUUGAUGAAAAGACAAUCAUGUGGUGCUGACUUUCUCAAACAGCUCAACUACAAAUCAGGCCAAUGUCGUUUCAGUGAAAAUGUGACUCCAGAAAUUUUUACUGGGGAGAACAUUUUUGACUUCGCUAAGAAUUUACCAGAGAAUCCUAACGUUGCGACUAAACGUAGAGGAUCCGACAGCCCGCCUAAAGAAAGCUCGAAAGUUAAUCAGACCGAAGAACAUCCGUCGAAGGCUCAUAGCAACGAAGACAGUGAUUCAUCGGAUGAUGAAAGUGAUUCUGUAGAUACUGGGGUAAGAAGACGACGCAAGAAUAGGCCUAAAUCUGAGCGGAAUAAAGUAGCAAGAAGGGAUCCAGUUACUGAAAGACGAGUACGAUCACUGAGUGAGGCUAUUAAAGACAUUGCAGCCAGAAACGAGGCUGCCAAAAAGGAAAUGGAUGUUAGAAUGAUACGGCAUUCGGGAAGUGACAAAUCCAGCGAGGGAUCCACAACGGAGUCUUCUGUGUCAUCUGAUGGGAAACAAGGAAAGAAGAAAGAUGCUGUUAGACGACGCUCAAAGGGAGCCAUGGAGUUGUUUCACAAGCUGUUUUCAUCAGACUCAGAGACAGCCUCGGAUAGAGAAUCACCUACCAAAAGGAGGUCAAUAAAGGCUCUUCAGAAGUCACCAUGGAAUGAAAGGAAGGAAAUCAACAAGCAAAGUUCAUCGGACAAUGAGAAGACUGGAAGAAUUCGGAAAAACGUUGAGAACAGGCAAGGGCCUAAGGAGCUUGGAGUUGAAAAUUCAAGAAAUAUAGCGUUAUCGAAGGCAGUUGAAAAGGACACAGUGAUUUCGCCAGUUGAAAAGAAAGAAAAUUCGUAUGAUUUUCAACAAACUUUUGAUCUUAUUGACAAGUUGACGAAAGUAAAUGGCGAGUCGAAAGGUAAACGUCUGACUAAAGAAUCGGAUAAGUCGUCAAACGAAAGUGAAUCAGAAAAAGUUUUGAAGAAAAGUCGUAGCGUAAAAAAUAAUUACAAAAAGGAAGCUGAUGUUGGCCAAGAUGAUUGCAAUGAGCUUAGCACAUUGAUUUUAAAGCCUGUUUCAGUGAGUGGAGUCAACGAAGCUUUUACGUUUGGCGUCGACAGUGAUGAUAGUCACGUGGAAAAAAAAGCGUACGCAGGAAAACGAGGCCGAGCAGUUGAAGAAGAGGCCGUUGCCCCUAUAGCAGUCUCAGUUGAUGAAAGAGUAAGAAACCUCAUCGAUCUUUUAGACGAGACAAGUUGUGACACAGUUGAAGAAGAAAGGUUUAGGAGAAAAUUGUCAAAAAUUGAAAACAAGGGGAUAGAAUUCAGCAGCAGUGAAUCAGGGCAGGUUACCCCACAUAGCGGAUCUGAUAUUGAAUGUUCUGGCAACAAUAUAUAUAAUAAUGGCAAGGGAAAAAGCGGCGGAAAAUUGUUUGAAGGAAAUCUGAUUAAACCAGGGAUGGCUUCUUCUCCUAUCCAGAACCAUCACAAUUCGAAUGAUGACACAGGGGAUACAUCGGGAGGUAACACAUCAGACGGGGGCAACCUCGAUGGUAGCUCGAAGACAACUGAUAUAAACAAGGAUUCUGCUGAAGAAAGCAAUGCUUCUCCUACAACAAAGAAAAGGAAAGUUCUCAGAACAAAAAGUGGCCAUAUUGUUCGAUCAAAAUCGAUGUAUGGCUUAAAGAGUCGCAGCGACCCAAACAGAUUGUCAUACGUUGACGAAUGUGAGUGGCUGGAUACUCUUGUACAAAUAGAGCUCGACACCAUUGAGAAGAGAAAGAGGGCUGAGGAGGAGGCCUCUCUUUCACCAACGGUAGAGUCAAAGCCGAGGCCACCAAUUUACUCUAGGAGUGAAACCAUUGAUGAGGCAUCUCUAAAUUUAUAUGACAGUAGGCAUUUGGUGAAAACAUUGUUAGAUAUGGAGCUUGAGGGACGAAAAACAAAGGAGGAAGGAGUGAAACUUAGAGAGGGCACAAGGUAUAAAGAUAAAGAGGCGUUAGAUAGGCGGAGGUCUAUGCCAGUUGGAAAGGAUAUUUUAGAAGCAGCUGAGGAACGAAGGAUGCGCGAAGAAGAUCAUCGCAUUAAGGCUGAGAGCAUAACGCCAAAUGACGAACUGAAGCCAUUAAAGGGUAUUGAUGCGAAAGAUAGAGCUGAUACUAUUGGUACUGUAUCUAAGACAAAGGAUAACGUGACUGGCCAAGGCAAGGAAGUUACGACAGGUCGCAAUAACGUCUCCAGUGGUCUGUUACCUAACAGCGAUGUAGUUGUAGAUAGGGAAGAAAAAUCUUCGAAGGAACGAGGCUCCCAGGUAUCGCCUGUGCGACAUGACACGCCUGCUAAACAGGCAGAGUUGUCGAGUGAGAAUAAGCUUACAAGUACUACUGAUACUCAAAAGGAUGCUGAUGCCAAACACACACAUGUGAAGAAGCUUCAUCGCCAGAGCAGCACUGAAGAUGACAAUAAACCUUUGAAAAGUAUAAAAGCGUUCAAAGAGAUGUUUGAAGAGAAAUCGAGUCUUGAAAGACCGGUUGAUAGCUACAGCAGAUCAUUUUCUGUAGAUGAAUCACCAGAACGCCUAACUCGUAGCAAAAGUUUGGCAGAAGGUUUGAACAGGCCGGCUGAAGAUAGUAAACAUAUCAAGGUUGUUGAGAAGCAGCAAUCGGUGGAAAAGACGGACCAAAGGUUAUUAAAUGAACGAAACAAAAGUAGGGAUAUCGUUUUUUUCGAGGAAGCAAAGAGAGAAAGGGAACGGAGUGAAUCGAUAGAUGAAGAGAAGAAAAGGAAGCUGAAAAGGGGUGAUCAGGUAGAAGGGACAGUGAAUACUAUUAAUAAUGAUGAAAUUGAAGCUACACCAAUUGCUGUUGAUGAAGAAGUUCCUCAUUUUAAGAAUAUUGGAGCAUUUAAGCAGUUGUUUGAAAAAGGACAGGCACCAGAAGGUAAUGCUUCUAAAAAACGUAUAGCUAUAGUGAAAAAGGAUUCUACCCCAGAGAAUGCAUCAGAAAACAUAGAAAACAUUGAGGUUUCAAGGAAAGUUGGGAUUGAAAAAACUAGGGAAAAAAGUGGCCUUGACAAAAGUACAGCUGAAAUAGUCAGUGAAAAGAAGGUACCAAGUAGAAGUGCGGGGAAAUCGGAGCAGAAGCACAUUCAAAAAGAGCAAGAGCCCAAAGUUCAUGGGUCUACAAUCGCAAAUCGAGGAAGUCAAGAGAAGAUGAAAGAGAAGAAACAGGAUGAUUAUGAAUCGAGGGCUGAGAAAGAUCAGGAGGAAGUCCAGCACAACGAAGACAGUAUUCCAAGCAUAAAAGGCAAGUUAGCAAUGUUUCAAACCAGCUUCAACCAGGACGAUGUUAAGAGAAGAGAACCAAAGAUAAGAAAGAUUAGGCCAAAGUCGUUCCAUGGGAACGCGUUCCAUGAUGACUCUGAAAACGAAGACAGUAUUUCGAAGAGCAGUCGGGAACCUAAUCGAGAAGACGCUGGGUUUAAACUGGGGAAAAACAGGGAUAAGAUUGGCACAAAUGCGGAGAGUGUUCGAAAUGUGGGUGAAUGGGUGCUACACGGAACGACUGACUCAACCACCAAAUUUUCAAAGGAGACAGUUGGAAAACAGGAGACCAAAGCUGACGCUAAUCAGAAAAAAGUUCUUUCUAAAUCUGUAUCUCAGGAUGCUUUCGUGAAACCACGCGCUGACUCUCAAAAUGAACCUCCCAAUUCACAAAGGAUAGAGCACCACGAAACCGAUAAGAUUCCUGAGAAUGAUGAGAGCUGGGAAGCUUUCUCUUAUUCCAAAGUUGUCAAAGAUGAACGCAUAAGAAGGGAACUUGAAGAGCAAGAAGCUAGAGAAAGGAAAAUUCGCCACAGAGCACUUAGUAGCAGUGGCCAGAAGUCGGAACAUAAUGACGUGCAAAAAGAACAAGAACCCAAGGUCAAUGGGACUAAAGUCGCCAACCAAGGAGGUCAAGAGAAGACGACAGAAAAUCACGAUUCUGAGAGUAAUGUAGUUAAUGGCUCUUUGGACUAUCUUGCUUAUGCGAAAAGUGACAGAAUACGUAAAGAGAUCGAAGAGGAACAGAGAAGAGAGAUGGAAGUAAAACAGCAUUUAAUUGGAAACAUGGGGUCUUCAAAGAAAGAAGAUUUGAACAGUAGCAAGCUAAUUAAUGAAGUAAGCAAGGAGCCAGUUGUAAAUGGUUUCAAAAUGAAGGAUAAUAUUAUUUUGAGAAAUUCUGACAAAGAAGCAAGUUCUUUAGAAGAGACAAACAAACCAGAUACAAAUGGGAAUUUUGAAUCAAAUGAGAGCAUUGAGAAAAGCAAAGUAACAAGAGAAAGCGCAAAGUCACGUAAAAUGCCAAGUCGAAUCGAAAUUGAACUGGAAGAGGAAAGACGAAGAGAGAAAGAACUAGAAGAUGAAAGAAAGAAAAGAGAAGAAGAAAGAGCUAGAAUGUUAAACGAAGAGAAGAGGAAACUCGAAUUAGUUGAAGCUGAGAAAAAGCGAAUCGAAGAGGAAGAGUUUGCAAAACAAAAUGCGAUACAAGAAGAGAAGUUGAAGCGUCAAGCAAGAACUCGUGGCCUCAGAGCCAUGUUUGAGACAAGUUGAAAUUCAGCGCUGUUCCAUGUUUUAUACCUCGUGUAACACAUAAUCUAGUCGUAUUUUUAUACCUGUAAUUUGUGACCUAUUGUAAAUAAUAUAUUAAAGUUAGUAUUUGUUCCUUGUUUGGAGGAAUACGUUUAUAGGAAAGUCUGUUUUCAUGGCCUAGUUUUGUAUAAAUGCAUAAAGGCGUGAAAAUUUUGCAUAAAGAUAUAGUUGUUUUUUCGGUCUGCUAAACUAAGAUAUAAAAUUAAACAACCAGAAUUAAAUUCUUUUGAGCUAUUCCCUGCAAAGACGCUGCUAAGCUCAAGGCCAAGGCACCUCAGAUAGUUGAAUCAAAUAUGACAAUCGACGAUCAACUUCAAUGAAGUUUGGAUAGUUUUAAGAUUAUGAAAAUUGCACAGCCAAGUCAGGAGAUCUCUCUAAUACCUGUAAUUUAAACUAUCCUAAGUAAUUGGUUUUUUAGAUUUAAAACCUAGAUAAAAUCAAAGGCGACUUCUUUGGACGGCCUUUUAAAUUGUGUAUAAACUUCUUAAAGCUUAUAAUUAGAUUUUUAAGUAAGGGAUUUACUUGUAACAUUUGUUGAUGUAUGGAAAAUAUCUUCAGGUUUUCACAUUUUUUCUUGAAAAUAAUCUCAAAAUCAGAAAUUCUGUAUGCAAUGAAAAUGAUCAGAGAUGGUUC